UUGUGCUCAAAAUGUCCAACACCAGGUUCUUGCAGUUUCGUAGUUUUAUAACCCAGAGGUUUACGACCGUGGCUGUGGAGAUAUUUAAAGAAGCUGAAAGUAUUGUGGAGGAGAUCUGCGAGGAAAACAAACGACUGCAGAACAUCCUGCACAUGGUGCUAAACCCAGAAAUAAAGUUACGCAGGAUAGAUGACAGAGAGCAGCCCCCUCAGCUGAACACUGAUGUAGACCUAGAAACACCAGAGCCAUUGCCUAUAAUACCUAAAGAGGAACCAAAUGAAUGUGACAUAAGUUGGGGAACAGAACCACACGAAGAUCAGAGGGAAGCCGAUAACUUCAUUAACCCAGAUAGUAUUAAAAAUGACCCAGAUGCAGAAGACUUAUUCCAGAUUCAAGUGUUGGAGUAUCAACCCACCUCCUCAGCCUCUGUCUCAGCAAAUAAUGACAUUGACAAAGCCUCUGGAGACUUGGUCGCUGCCACAGAUUGUCUUCAGCUGUCCAUGGGUGAAGAAAGCACAUAUGAAGAUCCAGGACCUAAAAAAAAGAAGUCAUCAAAGAGAAAAAAGAAGUCAAAGCGCCCCCUGCAGAAAACUCUGCUAGAAUUUCCAAGGAUGAUGCCUUACAAAUCUUUCAUUGCUGCACCAACCGACUGCCAGUCUUUUCUGGCAAGACUCACUGAAGCCUACAAAGACAUUCCUGAUGACAAGAAGCCUCUGAUAACCCAGAUGGGUCUCACAGAGAAUGUGGAGUUAGUAGACUGUGCUUUUGGUAAAGUCCCUAAAGGUUGCCCCCUGUCCUACCAGUGCCCUGUACCAUCAAGUCAGGAUUUCAAAAUGCAGGACGAUGCUCCUCCUCGCCCGCUGCUUCCCAUGACUUGUCACAAACUGGAACAAAUAUCAUCUCUUCCUACUCUCAGUCUCAAGGAGCGGGACCAUUUAAAUGUCCUAGAGAUCACUUGGGAAGCAGCCCACAGUCUGGAGCAAGCUACACGUGAACACAGAGAGUCCAUAGAGGAGUUGAGGAAGUUGCGCUUGACCACCGGUUUCAAGAAGAUCUGCAAACUUAAACCAGGACAGAGUCAUGCAGAGCACCUGAUAUUCAAAAUACAAAAAGGAUUCACAAAGAGCAAGACAGCACAGAUAGAGGAGGAAAUGAAGACUGAAGCACUUCGGAAAUACUGUCAGUAUUUGUGUGUCAACUGGUACCCCUGCGGGUUGGUUGUCCACCCGAAUGCUCCAUGGCUGGGGGCAGUGCCUGACGGGUUAGUGUACGACCCUAGUGAGAAACCCUGUUUUGGGCUGGUGCAUUUGAAAUGUACCACCUUCCGCAGCUUCAUCGAAUGCACUUUCCUGAAGUGUAAGGAUGGAGUCUUGCACUUGAAGAAGUCCCACUCGUGCUAUUGGCACAUCCAAGGUGAGAUGAUGGUGACAGGCACGUUGUGGUGUGAUCUGGUGGUCUUCUCUGGGGAAGACAUACUGGUUCAGCGUAUCUACAGAGAUGCACCAUUCACCAUCAAUCUCAUGAAGAGACAGUUAGAUGACUUCUUUUUCUAUUAUUACCUUCCAAGUUUGUUAGGCACUAACAAUACUGAAAUUGUUGUCACAAUUUGAGCUUUUGUGGCAUCGUCACUCUGCUGUCUUACACCACAUGCU